AUGAAUAUUUAUUUUCUCUUUCACACCAUCUAUCUUCCCUUCAUCUCUCUUGCUAUCGUCGUAGUCAUGUUAUUAAUGCACCUUCUUGGAACCAAACCAGACGCACCUGUGCCCCAUCCACUUCGAGAUAGUCACCCGCUUCAACACUUCGCUUUUAUUUACACAGCCGUUUUAUCUAUCUAUCUAUCUAUAUCUAUCUAUCUAUCUAUCUAUAUCUAUCUAUCUCUCUAUCUAUAUCUAUCUAUCUCUCUAUCUAUAUCUAUCUAUCUCUCUAUCUAUAUCUAUCUAUCUCUCUAUCUAUAUCUAUCUCCCAUCUAUCUCUAUCUAUAUCUAUCUAUCAUCCCAUCUAUAUCCAUCUAUCCCCAUCUAUCUAUAUCUAUCUAUCUCAUCUAUCUAUAUCCAUCUAUCUCCAUCUAUAUCUAUCUAUCUCUCUCCAUCUAUAUCCCCAUCUAUCCCCAUCCAUCCCCAUCCUAUCUAUCCCCAUCCAUCCAUCCAUCUAUCCCCAUCCCAUAUCCCAUCCCCAUCCAUCCAUCCCCAUCCAUCCAUCCCCAUCCCCAUCCAUCCAUCCCCAUCCAUCCAUCCCAUCCAUCCCCAUCCAUCCAUCCCCAUAUAUAUCCAUCCAUCUCCAUCCAUCCCCAUCCAUCCCCCCAUCCAUCCCCAUCCAUCCCCAUCUCCAUCAUCCAUCCAUCCCCAUCCCCAUCCAUCCCCCAUCCCCCAUCCCCAUCAUCCAUCCAUCCCAUCCAUCCAUCCCCAUCCAUCCAUCCCCAUCCAUCCCCAUCCAUCCAUCCAUCCCCAUCUAUCUAUCCCCAUCUAUCCCCAUCCAUCCAUCUAUCCCCCAUCCAUCCAUCCCCCAUCCAUCUAUCUAUCCCCAUAUCCAUCCAUCCCAUCCCAUCUAUCCAUCUAUCUCCCCAUCUAUCCAUAUCUCCAUCUAUCUAUCUCUAUCUAUCUAUCUAUCUCCCCAUCUAUCUAUCUCUCCAUCUAUCUCUAUCUAUCUCAUCUAUCUAUAUCUCAUCUAUCUCUAUCUAUCUAUAUCUCUAUCUAUAUCUCUAUCUCUCUAUCUAUCUAUCUCUAUCUCUCUAUCUAUCUAUCUCUAUCUCUCUAUCUCUAUCUCUCUAUCUAUCUCGAGAUAUAUAUUACUUCAUUUCCUUUCUCUCGCUCCCCGAACUUCCGCCCAUAGCUCCAUUUACUUCCUACCCUUUCUUCUUUGUCUUUUUUUUUUCCUCUCAAAAUCCUCACUUCAACCAUUUUUCUCUGUCUGUCUCUCUGUCUCUGUCUGUCUGUCUGUCUCUGUCUCUGUCUGUCUCUGUCUGUCUCUCUGUCUGUCUCUGUCUCUGUCUCUGUCUGUCUCUUUGUCUCUUUGUCUGUCCGUCUUUGUUUGUCUCUUUGUCUGUCCGUCUUUGUUUGUCUCUUUGUCUGUCUUUGUCUCUUUGUCUGUCUUUGUCUGUCUCUCUCUCUCUCUGUCUCUCGUUUUCGUUUUUCUUUUGUUUUCCUUUCUUUUUAAAUUUUCAAAUGAAUUUUUUCUCCUUCUCCCACGCAAAUACGCAGUUCGUUCAUUAUCACAAAGCCAUUCCCGUUGUCCGCCUUUUGUUUUUCUUUUCUUCUACAAUGUUUGAAUAA